GGCUAUGUAAAUUUAGCAGAAUAAUGUAAAGGGAUGGUGCCUGCUAUUUCCACUUGCCCAUCAAUAAAAUCUAGGGGGGAAAUCGUCGACUCAAAUUGCUGAAUUAAAAAGAAAAAGGAUAUCAUAUUCUCUCAUCUCUAGGCAUUAGUCCAGAAUAUAUGGAACAUGGCAUCGAAAUGUCCUAAAUGCGACAAGACGGUUUAUUUUGGUAAGUGCAUUUUUCAUAUGAUCAUAUAGCCUAUCCUCCCAUGUCUGUAGUGUGUGAAAACCCCCCGAGUGAGCUAUGUAGGCCUAAUUACUUAGGCAAUUGUAGACACCGUUACAGCUAUUGUUUUCUCAAAUAUAAGCACACUGUCACGUUAUAAUUAUACAGUAAGCCUAGACAAUAUUACCCUACAGAUUGGGGUAGACCUAAUUGGCAAUUGUACUGCCUUUGAUCUAUUUUAUUAGAAUGAACCAGUAGGCUAUUUACUUUAGGUAUUGGUCAGCGGCGUCAGCCUAGCGUGCCUAUAUAUAGGUUAAACCAAUUAGGCCCUGACUGUAAAGCCUACAUCUGUUUAUGCAGUAUUUGUGUUGCUUAAGCCAUGCAAGGAGGUGUGAUCAUUUCUUCCUUCAUGAGGACAUAUGGGAAACCUAUGUCCCACGUGUAUUGGCUAGCCUAUACAUCGGUCAGAACAGUGAAAAUAUUGGCCCUCACCGCUCUGCAGACGUGUGAAAACAUCUGUCCACAGAUUAAUGACAUAAGCAGCCUUUCCCAUUGAUGGCUAUUAGAUGGAUUUAAAAGCAAUAUCUUCUCCUUAACCGAUACUGUUUACAGUAGGCCUAUUCAGGGAAUGUGUUCUUAGUUUUAAAAGAUUUAAGAUACCCAGCCUAGCUGCUUGGCACAAUAAAGAGAUUGAGAUAGCCAAUUAAUUAGGCAUAGGCUAACAUGUUGCUGAGCUGAUAGAUAGGCCCUACCUUCCAUAUAAAUAAUUAAUUUGUCACAUCUGUGUGAUGGAUUGACUUUGCCCAGGCCUACACUACAUGACCAAAAGUAUGUGGACACCUGCUUGUUGAAAAUCUCAUUCCAAAAUCAUGGGCAUUAAUAUGGAGUUGGUCCCCCCUUUGCUGCUAUAACAGCCUCCACUCUUCUUGGAAGGCUUUCCACUAGAUGUUGGAACAUUACUGCUCACUACACCCGCAAUAACAUCUGCUAAAUAUGUGUAUGUGACCAAUAACAUUUUAUUUGAUUUUAUUUGAUUGCUGUGGGGACUUGCUUCCAUUCAGCCACAAGAGCAUUAGUGAGGUCGGGCACUGAUGUUGGGCGAUUAGGCCUGGCUCGCAGUCGGCGUUCCAAUUCAUCCCAAAAGUGUUCAAUGGGGUUGAGGUCAGGGCUCUGUGCAGGCCAGUCAAGUUCUUCCACACUGAUCUCGAAAAACCAUUUCUGUAUGGACCUCGCUUUGUGCACGGGGGCAUUGUCAUGCUAAAACAGGAAAGGGCCUUCCCCAUAGAAUCGUUUAGAAUAUCAUUGUAUGCUGUAGGGUUAAGAUUUCCUUUCACUGGAACUAAGGGGCUUAGCCCGAACCAUGAAAAACAGCCCCAGACCAUUAUUCCUCCUCCACCAAACUUUACAGAGAACGAGUUUCCACUGCUCCAGAGUCCAAUGGUGGGCUUUAUACCACUCCAGCUGACGCUUGGCAUUGCGCAUGGUAAUCUUAGGCUUGUGUGCGGCUGCUUGGCCAUGGAAAUCCAUUUAAUUAAGCUCCCGAUAAACAGUUCUUAUACUGACGUUGCUUCCAGAGGCAGUUUGGAACUCGGUAGUGAGUGUUGCAACCGAGGACAGACGAUUUUUGCGCGCUUCGCGUUUCAGCACUUGCCGGUCCCGCUCUGUGAGCUUGUGUGGCCUACCACUUUGUUGCUGAGCCGUUGUUGCUCCUAGACAUUUCCACUUUACAAUAACAGCACUUCCAGUUGACCGGGGCAGGUCUAGUAGGGCAGAUAUUUGACGAACUGACUUGUUGGAAAGGUGUUAUCCUAUGACGGUAAGGCCAUUCUACUGCCAAUGUUUGUCUAUGGAUAUUGCAUGGCUGUGUGCUCGAUUUUAUGCACCUGUCAACAACGGGUGUGGCUGAAAUAGCCGAAUCCACUAAUUUGAAGGGGUGUCAACAUACUUUUGUAUAUAUAGUGUAUCUCUGGAGAACAAUAGGAAUCCGAUUUCAGCGCUAACUGGCAUGGACAGCUCCCUAAGAAGGAAAUGGCGCGCGAGCCAGCCGACCGACCAAACCAAUGGCAGAGUGUGCAUGUGAGUCCAAGACACUGUAAAGGACAAGCCGAUUCAACAUGUUCUCUCAUAAUGGCCUACCAGACCUGGCUGCUUAUGUCAUACAUGAUUCAAUCUAGUGUCAGUUAUUUGUUUCCCACUCCCCUGUAAAAAGUAGGCCCCUAUACACCAUAGUAAAAAAAAACAAUGAAAGAAAGAGAUUGUUUUGAUCGUUCUUCUUAGACUAUAUUACACUCUUUUUCAUGAGUUAAAACAGUAAGUGUGGGCCUAUGAUUGUCAGUGGCAGUGCGUCAGAAUAAAACCUCUGGAAACCUCCUUGCAACACUUUUCACUCAUCUUGAAGCAUCUGUUUCUUCUUACCUAAUUAGCCCCAAAUGGGCAAUGUCUUGGGCAUUCUAUCUGGUAAUGAAUUAAUUAAUUAAUGAAUACCGGAUAUUACUUGAAAUCUGCUUACUGUCUAGCAUCUUAAUACUUUCCCUUAUGGAAGGUCCCUUAGAAUUUUCCCUCUGACCCGUACUUGUGUAGCGUGUCACCAAUAAAGAGGGCAAUGCCACUCUCUUUGUGUUUAUUCGCAUAUUCACACACUGCCCCUUAGGCUCCUAGUUCCUUUAGUCCGUGUCUGCUUUGAUGCUAUCAUUGAGGGCUGCUAAAUCUGCAGUGUUUACUUCUCUACUCCCACUCUCAUUAUGAAAUACUGCAUAUUCUCUCUGAGUCCCUUUGCCUCGGGAGUUUAGAUGAUGUUUGAUGUACGUUACGUAACUCCUAGUCUUUGAUUUAGCCCCCACAAGUUCUCCUCUCUCAUUUUAACACUCUAAUCUGGGUCGCGGCAUAAUCAUCAUCAGCCAUAUCUCUGAAACUGUACUGACUUCAUGUGUCAUUUAGUGUUGCUGUUCCUGUCCAUGAAAACUGAUAAUAAUCCUCUAUCCUCCCUGACUUUCAGUUAUAGGCUGUGUCCCAAACAGCACCCUAUUGCCUAUGUGGUGCACUAAAUAGGGAAUACACUCUUAGAAAAAAAGGUGCUAUCUAGAACAUAAAAGCGUUAUUCGGCUGUCCCCUUGGAUAACUCUUUGGAGAACCCUUUUUGGUUCCAUGUAGAACCCUUUUGGGUUCUAGGUAGAACCCUUUUCACAGAGUGUUUUACGGAACCAAAAAGGGUUCUCCUAUGGGGACAUCCAAGGAACCCUUUUGGAACCCUUUUUUCUAAGAGUGUAAGGUGCCAUUUGGGAUCCAGCCAUGGAGUCCUGCUCCCACACUGCCACUGGAUGGAUCUCAUCAACAGAUACAGGAUGAGACGUAAUCACAUAUUGUACCAGAGGGCAAACAAAAUCCCUCUAAUCAACCUUCAUUAUUUAGACUGAACAACCCCCACAGCCUUCUCUCACUUUCUCACUCUGUCUUUAUCUCUUUCUCGUUUACUCUCUCUGUUUUACUGUGUGUGCGUGCGUGUGUGCGUGUGUGUGUGUUUGUGUGCAUGCUUGCAUGCCAUCCGUGCAGUUGGGAAAGGUAGAGGGGGAGAACAAGAGAGAGAGAAAGAGAGAGACCGACAGAGAGAGAGAGAGAGAGAGAGAGAGAGAGGGAGAGAGAACACCCUGCAGGGACAGACUCUCAUGACUCUCAAAGCAAAGUGGCUAUUGUCUGUCUGCCGAGUUGACUAUGUGGUCACUGCCUCCCACUUAACUGUAUCUUACAUUAGUGACAGGUCGCCAGAUUGGGUGUGCCAGAGGCAUGUGGCCUGCCUCGGUAUUCUGGGCUAUAUCUAACAGAGGUUAGAGAUAAAAGCCUAAUUGAGUAGCUUGUUCUAUCAUUUAUAUGGCCUCACUCUCUCCUUGCAAUCCCACAGCAGCCAGGGACAGGCAUUAGACAUUGAUUUACAGAAAGCAUUUGUAGCAUAAUGACUGUAGUCUAAUUUGUAGGCAGAUUGUGAGAGUGCGUGCGUGCCAAUGUGUGCGAGUGGGUGUGUGUGCGUGCCUGUGUGUGUAUGUUUGAGUGUGUGUCUGACAGAAUGAUGGCCAGGCGGAACAGACAGAAGUGGGGCAGAGGCUUUGGGAUUUGAGAUAUGAAACAGGCUUUUGAAUUACAAUGGUGACUCAUCCUAUGAGUAAGUCUGGCACAGCGGGUGCAAAGCACCAAAAGAUACACUGACCAGAAAAGACUGGAGGCACAAUGGAGAUGUGGAGAAAAUGGUGGAAUCAAUAUAACAUGAUAAUCAACAUAAAAGAGAAUCUACUCCUCUGUACAACGGAGAUAACCAGACUUCCGUUCAGAAGGCAAUGGACAGGGUGCAGUUGAGGUUGAUAAAGAAAUGAAUGACCAACACAAUCCAACCACCAGAGAAAUGUUCUUCCCUACCGAACUAGCUCACUCUAGCAUCUCAUACUCUAAAUGUGUAAAUGCAACCACAUCUAAAUGUUUAAAUGCAACCACAACAUGUCCCUUUCCUGUCCCCCCCCCCCCCCCCCCUCUCUCUCUCCUCCCCCCAGCGGAGAAGGUGACAUCUCUGGGGAAAGACUGGCACAAGUUCUGUCUGAAAUGUGAGCGCUGCAACAAGACCCUGAACCCAGGGGGCCAUGCUGAGGUAAGAGGAGUCAGUAGCUUACCCCACACAGAGACAGUCAGAGGACAACCGCAGGGGACUUUGUGGACAAUAGAGAGGAGUAACUAGGCAGACAUUUUGGCUCUGUUACCAUAGAUCUCUGAGAGGGUUAGAGAGGGUUAGGCCAUCACGGGGAGAGUAUCGGUAUUCUGACAUAGCCUAUUGAUCAAUAUGGGUACUGUACAGUACUAUACAGGAGGCUAGGCCAGUUACGAACAGAGAGGAUUGGCUUCUAUUGAGGUUCAUACAGGCUACUAAAGUAUGUGGUUUUAUGUGUAGUGUUCAGUGCAAUCUGAAAUCCAUUGGGUUCCUCUCUUAUUUGUGGCAUGUUUGUUUAAAAUAUCCCCCCAAAGCUACAUCAACUAUUUUAAACUCAAUUCAGUCAUGUAGCCCUCAAUGCUAGAAUGGAUGUCAAUAUGUUAUAGGGGUAUUUUUACUUGAGUUUAUACCACAAUUCACCCCAACACAGUCCAAUGGAUUUGUUCCUAGAUACUUUUGCUCAUUGUCUUUCUUUCUGUUCACAGCAUGAUGGAACACCCUACUGCCACAAGCCAUGCUAUGCUGCCCUCUUUGGACCAAAAGGUGAAAUACAUCAACUUUAUGGCCAGCCAUUAUUUUGUUUUGUGCUUUAUGUGCUUAAACAUUUACAUUUUUACAUUUUUAGUCAUUUAGCAGACGCUCUUAUCCAGAGCGACUUACAAUUAGCUUAUAAAAUGUUUAAUCGCAGUAAUCUUCUCCAGAGUCUUAUAAAAGGAAACUGCGUUGGUUAAUGUGUUCGCACAAUAUGUAAUGAAGCCUCUCGCUGUAGGUGUGAACAUUGGAGGUGCUGGCUCUUAUGUCUACGAGGCUCCUGUCAACGAUACAACUGCCAGUGUUUCCACGGAAACAGAGGCCAAACCUGAGGAGAAGAAAGCUCACGCCAGAGGCCCAGUGAAGGGUAAGGAACAUGAGAGAAAAAAACGAAAGAUAUAGAGAAGGACAAACUCAAAAAAGAGAGAUAGAGCUACUGUCAUGUGUUAUCCCAUAUGGAGAGGGUAUUCAGUGUAUUUUGACCACUGGUUGUGUAACAAUCCUGUUCUUCUCCAUCUCUUUUUGACACAGCUGCAAGCUUCUCAACUUUUUCUGGAGAGCCCAGUAAAUGUCCAAGGUGCAGCAAGACAGUGUAUUUCGGUAAGCCUGUUAUGUUAUUGUCCAUGUCAUUUAGUAUGUGCAUAUGUGGAUGUGAGUGGGUGUCUACAAUGCACAUGGUGGCUGGCCACUGGAAGUACUAGAGGAAUGUUGUUUCCAUGGUGAUACAGUAUGUCUGAAAUUGUGUGUGUGUGUGCGUGUGCGUGCGUACGCUUCCGUGUGUGCUUGUGUGUGCAGCUGAGAAGGUAACGUCCCUGGGGAAGGACUGGCAUCGACCCUGUUUGCGCUGUGAGAGGUGCUGCAAGACCCUGGCCCCGGGAAGCCACGCAGAGGUGAGAGACAGAAGACGGGGAGAAGGGGUAGGGAAGCGGGAGAUGUGGGGAGGGGAGAAAGGAGAACAAAUAGAAAGAUUUAAGGAGAUGCCCUGUCUGUGCUCUCUGUGAAGGCAGGAAGCAGAGCCAUAUACAGUUGAAGUCGGAAGUUUACAUACACCUUAGCCAAAUACAUUUAAACUCAGUUUUUCACAAUUCCUGACAUUUAAUCCUAGUAAAAAUUCCCUGUUUUAGGUCAGUUAGGAUCACCAUGUUAUUUUAAGAAUGUGAAAUGUCAGAAUAAUAGUAGAGAGAAUUAUUUAUUUCAGCUUUAAUUUCUUUCAUCACAUUCCCAGUGGGUCAGAAGUUUACAUACACUCAAUUAGUAUUUGGUAGCAUUGCCUUUAAAUUGUUUAACUUGGGUCAAACGUUUCGGGUAGCCUUCCACAAGUUUCCCACAAUAACUUGGGUGAAUUUUGGCCCAUUCCUCCUGACAGAGCUGGUGUAACUGAGUCAGGUUUGUAGGCCUCCUUGCUCGUACACGCUUUUUCAGUUCUGCCCACACAUUUUCUAUAGGAUUGAGGUCAGGGCUUUGUGAUGGCCACUCCAAUACCUUGACAUUGUUGUCCUUAAGCCAUUUUGCCACAACUUUGGAAGUAUGUUUGGGGUCAUUGUCCAUUUGGAAGACCCAUUUGCGACCAAGCUUUAACUUCCUGACAGAUGUCUUGAGAUGUUGCUUCAAUAUAUCCACAUAAUUUUCCUUCCUCAUUAUGCCAUCUAUUUUGUGAAGUGCACCAGUCCCUCCUGCAGCAAAGGACCCCCACAGCAUGAUGCUGCCACCCCCGUGCUUCACGGUUGGGAUGGUGUUCUUCGGCUUGCAAGCACCCCCUUUUCCCUCCAAACAUAACGAUGGUCAUUAUGGGCAAACAGUUCUAUUUUUGUUUCAUCAGACCAGAGGACAUUUCUCCAAAAAGUACGAUCUUUGUCCCCAUGUGCAGUUGUAAACCAUAGUCUGGCUUUUUUAUGGCGGUUUUGGAGCAGUGGCUUCUUCCUUGCUGAGCGGCCUUUCAGGUUAUGUCGAUAUAGGACUCGUUUUACUGUGGAUAUAGAUACUUUUGUACCUGUUUUCUCCAGCAUCUUCAUAAGGUCCUUUGCUGUUGUUCUGGGAUUGAUUUGCACUUUUCGCACCAAAUACGUUCAUCUCUAGGAGACAGAACGUGUCUCCUUCCUGAGCGGUAUGACGGCUGCGUUUGUACAGAUGAACGUGGUACCUUCAGGCAUUUGGAAAUUGCUCCCAAGGAUGAACCAGACUUGUGGAGGUCUACAAUUUUUUUCUGAGGUCUUGGCUGAUUUCUUUUGAUUUUCCCAUGAUGUCAAGCAAAGAGGCACUGUUUGAAGGUAGGCCUUGAAAUACAUCCACAUGUACACCUCCAAUUCAAUCAAAUGAUGUCAAUUAGCCUAUCAGAAGCUUCUAAAGCCAUGGCAUAAUUUUCUGGAAUUUUCCAAGCUGUUUAAAGGCACAGUCAACUUAGUGUAUGUAAACUUCUGACCCACUGGAAUUGUGAUACAGUGAAUUAUAAGUGAAAUAAUCUGUCUGUAAACAAUUGUUGGAAAGAUUACUUGUGUCAUGCACAAAGUAGUGUGGUUGAAAAACAAGUUCUAAUGACUCCAACCUAAGUGUAUGUAAACUUCCGACUUCAACUGUAAAUAUACUGUUAUUAGACCACGGCCGCCGGUCCACCCAUCACAGAACGUUUACAGUACUUGAAUGGGAAUCUGAAUGACAUUUUCACAUACUCUGAAUUUGAGAAGGUGCUGCUAGUGAUAGACAGCAUAUAGACAAAAGGAUUACACAUAAUCUACAUACAGUACAUACAAUAUAAAUACAAUAAACAAAGAACAAUUACACAUGAUAGGAGAGUAUACAAAUGUACAGUUGAAGAUGUACAGAGAAUGUACUAAGAAUAUACUUAUAAAAUGUACAAUUUACAGUGGUAGUGCAGCAUAGUGCAGUUCUAGUAAUUCUAUUUCUAUGGCCAUAGAUAUAUACAUAGGCCUAUAAUGCAUGUGGCAGGAAGUGUCUGGGUACAGUAAAUUAUAUUAAUUCCAUUCUGUUUCAGCAUGAUGGGCAGCCCUACUGCCACAAACCGUGCUAUGCCACCCUGUUUGGGCCCAAAGGUAUGCUAUACUCAAGACUUUCUUCCUCUUAACCAUAUGAAAGACCAACCACCCAAUUGCUAUGCUUUACAUGUAUUCAUAUAUUUCAUAGAUAUCACCAUAUUCAGAUGUAUCUUGUCCAUUGCUCCCUUCCAGGGGUGAACACUGGAGGUGUUGGGAGCUACAUCUACGAUGAACCCAGCGCUGAGGCAGAGACUGAGGCCCAGCCUUGAGUCUACCCAUACCCCCCCACCACCUCCACCUCCAGCCAGACCUCUUCAACAUUAGCUCACUCACCUCAUGCCUUGUUACUAUCACCAGUCUUAGAUAGACUCACCCUAUCUGUAUUUCCAACCUGUCCCUACACUUUCUACUCUGCCAGAUGAACUAUUUAUUAUAGUCUCCUUUAGGUUAUUCAGCAUCUACAGAAACCAAGUUUCAAAUAAUACAUGAUAAAUAUUUAGAAUGUUCUGUUGUAUUUCAAUAUUGUUUAUACCUCUACUUUUUGUAUUGAAAUGAAUCUUUAUAGCUAACUUCUCCCCUGUGGAAUGUACAGUAGGGUCAUCGGUGACUCCUUCCUCAUUGUUCAUGUCUCUCCAAGAUGCCAAAUCAACAGAAUUGUGUGUAAGAUGUACAGUAUAAUGUGUAUUAAAUGAAAGCCACCAUAUGGUUUGACUCGACACAAUACAGCACAGACGUAGUGAGGGAAAGAUGAGGGGGUGGUAGGCCUACUGUUUUUCAUUCCCUGAAAAUAAUGUAAUUUGUCUGUGCACCUAUAAAGACAUGACAUACACAACUGUCAUGAUGAUUUCCAAGCUAUCCGCUAUAGGCCUAUUCAGUAUGUUCUUGCCAAGCUCACCCUGUGUCAGGAUGACAGUGUAGAGACAAAAUAGAUAGAGCAUACUAGGAAUGUGCAUUAUUGUUAGCCUAUUGUUGGUGAUUGAUUAUGUUUUGUACUUUGGGUCUUUGUGCACCAAAGGUGUGUUACUUAAGAACAGGGGUCAUCAGAGGUUUUCUACAAUAAAGUUGUGAGAACA